GCGGCUGGGAGCCCCGCGCCUGUCGGACGGCCGCGGGACUCGGGUGCGCCGCCGAGGCGGUCGUGUACCGGGGACCCUCCGGCCGCCGCGCCUCCGGAAUCACGGUGUGUCCGCCGGCCCGGGCAAAUCUUCCCGGAAGCAGUGUGAGGAAGGCAGAAGCCGCCGCCCUCCCUGGCCUGGCGAAGCCACCCGCCACCAUGCCCAAGAGAAAGGCAAAAGGCGAUGCUAAAGGUGACAAAGCCAAGGUGAAGGGUGAGCCGCAGAGGAGAUCUGCGCGGCUGUCUGCCAAACCCGCUCCCCCAAAACCGGAAGCCAGGCCUCCAAAGGCCGCUGCCAGGAAGGCCGAGAAGCGGCCCAAGGGGAGAAAGGGGAAAGCAGAGGGCGACAGGGUUGGGGACAAGGCCGGGGACAAGGCCGGGAAGAACCCGGACGCUUCCACGGCCCCGUCACAGAAAGCAGAAGGCAGCGGGGACGCCAAAUGAAAUGUACUUUUUUCAUAACUCAACUUCUAGUGACGCUGCUGUUCGAGAUACUGUCUGUCUUCAAUCAGCUUUUAUAAAAGUGUAGAACUUGGGCUCCUAUUUCCAACUUCCGCCAUUGGCAUACAAGACGCAUUGUUGUUGUCCCCUGUGGAAAGCGCAAAUCCCGCUGACAGAAUGUCUCCGGGGCCCGAUUGAAAUGGGGGGAGAUGGCGCCUCGUGUCCUCACUGUUGAAGAUUAUUCUCGGUUCCCGGGAGGGGUCUCCUGUCAGCCCCCCCGGGCUCAGAAGCAGAAGCAAAACCUCAUGGCUUCUCUCCUGAGGCGAGCGGCAUACACUGGCCUUCCUGGAAUAGUCAUGACGCGGCCUUGGCGCCCCCAGCCUCCUGUCGGGUGAUCGCACUCAGGCCUUCUGGCCGUAACAGCAACGUGGCGUUGCCCCAAAGAGCCAGGAUCCCUGUGUGUAGUUGGCGGGCGAUCCCAGUGGCCAUCCUGGACUUUUAAGCUCCUCGCCCCCACGUCAGAGUUGACCCGUGAAAAGAUCUCACGUACCUCAUGCGAAAUAUCCACGCCUCCCGAGAACGUCACCUUUUCGGAAGAGCAGCAGAAGACCGUUGACUUGGGGGGGGCGGGGGGGGGGGAGUUUGAAUGUUGUCGGGCGUUGUGUGGAUUGAUUGUCACCCGUGUCCUCCUGGAAGUGGCUGGUCCUGGAAAGUCUCUCAUAAAA